AUGAUCUCCAACCUUCAACUGCACAAGGCCAUGUAUUGGUUCCUGUGUCAUCUCUCCAUCCUGGACAUGGCCUUCUCAGCUGUGGUGGUUCCCAAAGUUAUUGCAGGAUUCACUCCAGAUGGAAAAGUCAUCUCUUUUGGUGGAUGUGUGUCUCAGCUCUUCUGCUUUCACUUCAUUGGAUGUGCAGAAUGUUUUCUUUACACCGUGAUGGCUUAUGACCACUUCUUGGCCAUUUGUAAACCACUCCAUUAUACUAACAUCAUGAACUGGAAAGCCUGCCUCUUCCUCUCCUUGGGUACCUUAAUUGGAGGCUGCCUCAAUUCUGCACUUCUGACAUCUCUCACCUUUCAUUUGCCUUAUGGAGAAGACAAUUAUGUUGACUAUGUCUUUUGUGACAUUCCUGCAAUGCUGAAGCUGCCUUGUGUUGACAUACAAUUUAAUGAAUUGAUGAGCAGCAUUGACGUGAGCUUUAUAACAGUGACCUGCUUUCUCCUCAUCUUAGCCUCUUAUGCUUACAUCAUUGCAGCCAUUUUGAAGAUCAGUAGCAUUGAAGGACAGCAGAAAGCCUUCUCCACAUGCAGUGCCCAUCUUACUGUGGUGUUCAUAUAUUACCUGCCUUUGUUUUAUCAUUAUAUGAGGCUAGGUUCUCAAGACUCUAUGGAUAGUGUGGUAAGUGUGUUCUACACCACCAUCACCCCUUUGUUGAACCUUGUGAUACACACUUAG